CUAAAUCCAGCUGUACAAGGGCAAGAUGAAGCAGUUACCUUACUGACACAUACCCCUAGCAGCUACAGAACCAUAAUAAAGCACUUCUUCAGGACAGGAGUCAAAAUAGUUGCUGUGCUUCAGGUUAACUUUGCUGCCAUCCUUGAUCCCAUAUAGGCUGUUGCUGUGCCACCACCCUCCAUCUCGUUAACCAAUGCUGCCUCACUAUUUCCUGAUAGCUUCCUGCCUGCUGCUAUCCAUCCCAAAUUUUGUCCUCUUAGAUUACAGAUUUUGGGGGGUAGAUACUGCUUUCAGUAUCUAGGUUUGCAUGAGGCAAUUGCAGACCACAGUCAGGUUGCCCAGACUCAAUGCUGAUGAUGACAAAAAUAACAAUCGAAGCUCUUGGUUUUAGCACAGUUAUUUGAACUUUAAGAGAGAGAAGAAGCAAACUGGAUCUCUCUAAGAUGAUACUCGUGCUUCUCAAAAGAAGAGAUGGAUAUUAAUAAAACUUUUGCUGCGGAAGGAGGUGUUAUGUGGAAUUAAGGUUUAGAUCAAUACCAUAUGCAUUAUGUCCACAAUACACAUUCAUUCAUUCUUGAUUUUGUGAUAUACUAAUGUGUAAUUGCCAUUAAUGUAAAUAUAUUUUUAAAGGUUAUUUUCCUGCUCUGCAGGUCAAUGGACCUAAUGAAGCAGAUCUAAGUGGGCUUGAGCUACUUUGAUUAGGUGCUUGAUUUCCUGUUUUCCUCAUGGAAGUGGGUUUGGUCCCACACUGCUAAUGUUUAUAAAGGCUCUGAAGGGUCUCCUCUAAGCACUAGAACUGGUUGAAAUCUUCUGAGCAGCUUCAGUGGAGUAGAAAGGGGCCAGGCAUCUGGAUUGCCCUCUGCUUCUGAACAGAGAAAUCAGCCAAGAAAAUGAUGUCUUUGAAAGUUCUUUCUCUGCUUUUUGCUUCUUUGAGCUUUGUUUUGAUGGAAGAGAACGUCUCAGGCAUAAGUAUAAGGACUCCCAGUGCCAGACCUGUGCAAAAACGCUACUCUGAGGCCACCCUGGCAAGUGAUUACAGCCGCACAAUGGAUAACAUGCUGAAGAAGAACUUUGUGGAAUGGUUGCUAGCCAGGCGAGAGAAGAAAAGCGACAACGUCAUUGAGACAUACAAGAGAGAAGCUGAGCCACAAGUAUCAGCUGUGAAUGGCCAAAGCUUGGACCUGCACAACCAUGAAGCCAAAGACUUCUUUGCUUGGCUUCUAAAAAACAAGAAAAAUCAGAGUUUUACUUCUCUGGAAGGUUCAGAAGAUUUGAAGGAUGUUUUGAACCAGGAGUUUCUGACAUGGCUAAUGUCGAUUGACCUCUGCAGACCAACCUGUAGAUACUUGCUGUUAGAUACUUACUAACUUUGAGACGUCUGUCCUGCUAUCAAAACGGAUUUCCAAGGACCGUGUAACUCCAGGACCCUCACGGAGCUCUCCCUUCACUCUGUCGAUGGACUCCCCCCGGAGGAAGCCCCCCGGCGUUCAUUCUGCUCUGUGCAUAUUGUCCGCUUUGCCAAUGUGAGAAAUAAAGACGUUAUCCUGAAGCUGCAA